UAUCAAUUAAACGAAAAUGUAAUAACGGACGAAACAAAUGCAAUCAAUAAAACUGUUGACAAUCAAAUUGUCAUACCCAACGUGACAUGCAGGGGAGAUCCAGCGUACUGCAACAUAAGCAAAGAAGAAUACAUAGACAUGUUGAACAACUAUAUAUUUCCAAAGCCACACGAGUGGGGACUGAUAGCUACACACUCAGUGGUAUUUGUGGUGGGUCUUGUGGGCAACGCCCUGGUGUGUAUAGCGGUGUUUAGGAAUCCUUCUAUGAGAGGUUCGGUGACCUACCGCUGCUUGGUGAACCUGGCGGUGGCAGAUUUUCUGGUGAUCCUGCUGUGCUUGCCGCCGACUGUGGUCUGGGACGUUACUGAGACGUGGUUCCUGGGAGAGAUAUUGUGUAAAACACUUGUAUACUUUCAGUCGGUGUCGGUGACGGUGUCGGUCCUCACCCUGACGUUCAUCGCGCUGGACCGCUACUACGCUAUCGUGCACCCGUUCAGCCACCGCCAGCAGAACGAGCCCAUCGUGCACGUCAAAACCGCCAUCUGCAUCAUUUGGAUCGUAUCGCUCUUGUUCAACUGCCCGGACCUCAUUUCCCUGACGACCGUGCAGCAGCCUCUACGUUUCGAUCUGCCGCACAUGGUGCAGUGUCAACCCACCUGGUCCGCCCACGCGGAUCUCGUCUGGCACGUCAUCAAAAUCGUCUUUAUGUACGCGGUUCCGCUGGUGCUGCUGGGAGGCGCAUAUUCUUUGAUCAUCUUGGAGUUAUGGAAAUCAGAAAAAUUCCCCGGACAAGCUAACUGCAAACACAUCAAUGAAAACAAACGAAAGUCACGUCGUAAAGUGGCCAAGAUGCUGGUAGCGGUGGUCGUCAUGUUCGCCGUCUGCUACUUGCCCGUGCACACGCUGUCCCUGCUCAGAUAUACUGGCGUACUCGAUCGCCUCAACAACAACGAUAUCAUUUCGUCACUGGCGCUGGUGUCCCAUAUUAUGUGCUACGUGAAUUCAGCCAUCAACCCCGUCAUUUAUAAUUUCAUGAGUGAAAAGUUCCGGCAUGAGUUCAAGCGCGCGUUCUGCUGUUCCACUGGCUACGUGCACGAGCACUCCACGACCCUCACCUUCACCGCCAAGUCCAAGCCGUCCUUCGAGAUGCAGUCUCUCACACAGAGACCUCUCGUCUGUGAAUUGACAAACGGAUAUUCGUAGAAGGAUGUCAUUUGCUUAUAAAUAAGAUCUUUGUCAUUUUCACGGGGGCCAAGUCCCUGGUACAACACUUGGCUGUUCGAGCGAACUGUUUGCGGACUGCUUUUAAUAGUUAUUGAGAACAUCACAAUC